AUGGCGGAUUCCUCUGAGUCCCAGAACGUGGCCACCAGUCCUGCCCGUAGCUCUCGGCGAGAUGCCUUCACUUCCAGCCCAGGCAGAGACCUGCCUCCUUUUGAGGAUGAGUCAGAGGGGCUGCUGGGGACCGAGGGGCUCCCCGAAGAGGAGGAGGAUGGGGAAGAGCUGAUUGGGGAUGGGAUGGAAAGGGACUACCGCCCGAUUCCCGAGCUGGAUGUCUAUGAACCUGAGGGCCUGGCCUUGGAUGAUGAAGAUGUGGAGGAACUGACUGCCAGCCAGAGGGAGGCAGCGGAACAGGCAAUGAGGCAGAGGGACCGUGAGCUGGACCGUGGCCUGGGCCGCAUGAGACGGGGGCUGCUCUACGGAAUCCUUGAUGUCAGCAGGAUCUUUGCCAGCAUUGCUCCAUCUAUUUACGGGCACGAAGACAUCAAGAGAGGCCUGGCCCUUGCCCUGUUUGGUGGUGAACCCAAAAAUCCUGGUGGCAAACACAAAGUCCGUGGUGAUAUCAAUGUGUUGCUUUGCGGAGAUCCGGGCACAGCCAAAUCUCAGUUCCUCAAGUAUGUGGAGAAGGUGUCCAGCAGAGCCAUCUUCACCACUGGCCAGGGUGCUUCUGCUGUUGGUCUGACUGCUUACGUCCAGCGGCACCCAGUCAGCAGAGAGUGGACCCUGGAGGCAGGGGCGCUGGUGCUGGCAGACAGGGGUGUCUGCUUGAUAGAUGAGUUUGACAAGAUGAACGACCAGGACAGGACCAGUAUCCACGAAGCCAUGGAGCAGCAAAGCAUCUCCAUCUCGAAGGCUGGCAUAGUCACCUCUCUGCAGGCUCGCUGCACAAUUAUUGCUGCUGCCAACCCUAUAGGUGGGCGCUAUGACCCGUCGCUGACUUUCUCAGAGAACGUGGAUCUGACGGAGCCCAUCAUCUCUCGAUUCGAUGUCUUGUGUGUGGUGAGAGACACGGUGGACCCAGUUCAGGACGAGAUGCUAGCCCGGUUUGUCGUGGGAAGCCACAUCAAACACCACCCCGGCAGCAAAGAUGUAGUGAAUGGAGAUGCCCAAGAGAUUAUCCUCCCUAACACCUAUGGCGUGGAUCCCAUUCCCCAAGAGAUCCUGAAGAAAUACAUCAUCUAUGCCAAGGAGAAGGUCCACCCUAAGCUAAACCAGAUGGACCAAGACAAGGUGGCCCGGAUGUACAGUGAUCUCCGGAAGGAGUCCAUGGCCACUGGCAGCAUCCCCAUCACGGUGCGUCACAUAGAGUCCAUGAUCCGCAUGGCCGAGGCCCAUGCCCGAAUUCACUUACGGGACUAUGUGGUGGAGGACGACGUCAACAUGGCCAUCAGGGUGAUGCUGGAGAGCUUCAUUGACACUCAGAAGUUCAGCGUCAUGAGGAGCAUGCGGAAGACCUUUUCCCGUUACCUGGCUUUCAGACGAGACAACAACGAGCUCUUGCUGUUUAUUCUGAAACAGCUUGUGGCAGAACAGGUGAUGUAUCAGAGGAACCGCUACGGGGCACAGCAAGACACCAUUGAGGUGCCAGAGAAAGACCUGGUGGAUAAGGCUCGCCAGAUCAACAUUCACACCCUCUCUGCCUUCUAUGACAGCGAGCUGUUCAAGAUGAACAAGUUCAGCCGCGAUGUGAAACGGAAGGUGAUUCUCCAGCAGUUCUAAGGGCAGUGGCAGAGCCUGCCUUGUGUGCAAGGGAGAGGAGAAGUUGACAUGUGUCCCACCCAGGAAUGCAACCAGAAAUAGGAGAACCGGAGCACUCAGCCAGUCCCUUGCUUGCUUUGUGCCUUAUGGAUUAAGGGAGUGCCUUAGAGGUGCUGAGCUGUGGAAGGACUUGUAAAUAGAGUUAACUAGGUAAAGGCCCAGCUAAGUCUGUUUGUUAGCAGCUUUGGUAACUCUUGUCUCUUAGCUGAACCUGAUAGGUGAGAAUUGCUGGUUGUGACAUGGGCUGGAUGUUUUAUACCCUCCCCACUUCCUCCAUGCUGAGCUCCGGCUUGAGGUUCCCCGUGACGGCACGGCUGGAGCAGUACCGGCAGAAGGGCAUUCCUUCGCUGACAGAUACGUUCCAGUGAGAUCACCACAGCCGUCAGCCUCCUUCUGUUUCUGGUUACUGCCUAAUGAAGGGACUUGGCGAGACUUUAACAUGGCACAUAGAACACAAACGCCUCAAAUAUUAGAGCUGUUUAAGUGUUUAUUGGCAAAGGAGGGGGCCGGUAUUGCAUCUGUCUUGCACUGGGGCAGUGUUCAGCGUCCCUAGUGGGUUGUUAAAUGCCUUGGUGGGUGGAACAUUCUGCCCUAGGUAGGCGUACAGGUCAGAACCGGAACAAGCAGCAGAACCUAAGCUAUAUUGUGGGUUUAGGAAUGAAGCAUCACGCCUCCCCUCCCCACACCAGUCCUAAAGCAACCCAGCUUGUACAGGACGCUGACUGGCUGGUGAGCGUGUCUUCAGUGCAAAGUGUUUCAGUGUCUUUAAGGGCAAAGUCAAUUGAGAUGCCACAGAUGUGAGAGCUGUGGUGGCAAGAACCCCAGCAGGACAACAUGCAGGAAGAAAUCUGUUGGGGGAUGGAUGGUCUGAACACGUUCCUGUGUCACACCUGCUUUUUGUAUAUUAGACUGCGAGUCUUUUGCUCUUUUACUGUGUGUUUGAAUACAUGUGUUUU